UGCCCCUCCUCACCACCGACUCUACUUGGAACGAGUGCCCCUCCUCACCACCGACUCUACUUGGAACGAGUGCCCCUCCUCACCACCGACUCUACUUGGAAUGAGUGCCCCUCCUCACCACCGAUUCAACUUGGAAAGUAACCUUUCGGGAAGCCUGCACGAGGAUUCCCAAAUCUCUUUGCACCUCUGAUUUUUGUCAACAUUUAAAAAGUAGUCUGUGCUUUUAUUCCUUCUACCAAAGUGUAUGACCUUACAUUUUCCGACACUGUAUUCCAUCUGCUUUGUUUCCCAUUCUUCUAAUCUGUCUAAGUCCUUCUGCAGCUGAUCUGAUUCCUCCGCCAAUCUUCAUAUCAUCUACAAGCCUGGCCACAAAACCAUCUAUUUCAUUAUCCAAAACACAGACCCCUAUGGAAAACCACUAGUCACUGGCAGCCAAUCUAAAAAGGAUCCCUUUAUUCCCAAUUGGCUAAUGUUCUAUCUGUGCUAGUAUCUUUUCUGUAAUACCACGGGCCCUUAGCUUGUUAAGCAGCCUCAUGCGCAGCAACUUGUCAAAGGCCUUCUGAAAAUCCAAGUACACAUCUACCAACUCUCCUUUGUCUAUCCAGCUUGUUACUUCUUAAAAGAUUUCUAACAGAUUUGUCAGGCAAGAUUUCCCCUGAGGAAACCGUGCUGACUUUGGCCUAUUUUGUCAUGUGCCUCCAAGUAUCCCGAAUCCACAUCCUUAACAAUCGACUCCAACAUCUUCCCAACCUCUGAAGCCACGCUAACUGGCCCAAAAUUUCCUUUCUUGAAGAUCGGGGUGAUAUUUGCAAUUCUCUAGUCCUCCAGAACCACGCUCGAAUCUGCUGAUUCUGCACAAGCUCUUCAUGCACCCGUUUUUAGAAUCCUGUGGUGUAAUCCAUCAGGUGGAGGUGACUUAUCUACCUUCCCACCUUUCCAACUUCUGUCCCUACUGCUCCUUCCACCCUACUGCUAGUGUCUUCCACAGUGACUAAAUACUUAUUCAUCUCAUCUGCCAUUUUCUAGUCCCACAUUAUUAUCUCUCCAGCAUCAUUUUCCAGCAUUCCAAUAUCUACUCUUGCCUCUUUAUAUAUCUAAAUGAAAGUUUGGUAUCAUUUUUGAUAUUAUUGGCUUAUGUUCAUAUUUCAUCUUCCCCACCCCCCAUGGUUUUUUUUAGCUGCCUUCUUUGGAUUUAGAAAUUUUGCCGCUCUCAAACUUCCCACUAAUUUUUGUUGUAUUGUAUAUACCCUCUCUUUUGCUUUUGAUGUCUUUGACUUGUCCGCCAUGGUGGUGUCAUCCUGCCUUUAGAAUAGCUUUGGAAAGAUAUCUAUCCUACACGUUCCGAAUUAAUCCCAGAAAUUCCAGGCAUGGCUGCUGCAGAUCUGCUGUUGAGUAUUGACUAUGUGGCCCUGGGUGGAGGGCUCGACUCGUGUUCCAUCUGGAUGAUGGUACCUCUGACAGAUCAUCAGAAUGAGAUGAGGCAUCCAUUAGUCUGGCGAGACCAUGGAUCUGCGCCUGGAAAAUCAGUCUGUGUUGGUGUGGAGGCCCACACGGGAGUGACCGUCCCGGCUGCAGCGACUGCAUUUGAAGGCCCGGUGUUGUCCUGGUGCUGUUGUUACAGCGAGUCAGCUUUUCUUCAGCAGCAAGCCUCAGCUUCUCUUCUCUUUUCAGACCUCUGCGUAGUUCCAGUCUCCAGCGAGAGCGGUCGCUUGCAAUGUCCUCCCACCUCUCGAUGUUCAUCAGCAUGUUACUGGUUAUUUAGUAUUUUUAUUUACUUAGUGGUAUGGACUGUGUGUGUGGGAGGGGGAGAGACCAGAACACGCAGAGAAAACCCACGCACCCCACGAGGAGGACGUACAGAGACUCCUUACAGAAUGGCAAUGGAAUUGAGUGCCGACUCGGAAUGCUCCACCUGUAACACUGUCACGGUCUCCGCUACGACGGCUACUGAGAUGCACUGAAAAGCGAAUCAGGUUUAAUGUCACUUGCGCAUCUUGUGAGAUUUGUUUUGUGGCAGCAGUGCAGUAAAAUACAAAGAUUUAUGUUGUAAAUCAUUAAGACAAGGGUAUAAAAUUAAAUAGUGCAAAAAGCAGACAUUUCCAGGUCCAGCAGCCACAAUGAGGUAGUUUGAGAGAUCAAGUGCUCAUCGUUAGCAUUGGAAAGGCCCGUUCAAGAGUUGUGACAGCUGGACAAUGCUGUCCUUGAGCCUGGGGGUGGCGAGGGUGUUAUUAGAGACACAGGCCCUCCUGGCCCAAUGAGCCAGUGUGGCACAUUUAAACCCACUGGGCAAAUUGGCCUGCUGACCUGUAUGCCUUUGGAAUGUGGGAGGAAACCCUCAUGGUGACAGGGAGAAUGAACAAACAGACAGCAGCAGGAAAUGAACCCCAGUCACUGCCACUAUAAUUGUAUUUGUAUUGUAAUUGCUGCCAUAUUUGUAUUGGGGGGGGGGGGAGAGAGAAAGAGAAAAUGAGGGAUGUCUUCUCUCAUGAUAGGUUUUGUGCUGGAGUGCCUUGGCUGCUAUUUGAACCCAUGAUCUCAUGAGAGAAGAUAGUGGAGCCAGCAGGCACAGGUGUAGGCCCUUGGGCCCAUCGUGUCUAUGCUGACACAUCUACACGUUUUCCAGCACCUGGCCUGUUGCCAGUUCAAGUCAUUGUCCAGUUGCUAUCUAAAUGCAGUGGAAGUAGCUCUUUCCCCCGCCCACUCAGGCUGAGUGAAAGUAUAUAGUGGUUUGGGGGGAAGGGCAGAUAGUCUUUGCUCUGUUUUUCUAAUUGCAGCACGUUUUGUUUCGUUUUCUCUGCCUCUCCCAUUCUCGUCCUUUUAGAUGCUGAGUGAAAGGCCUCUGGCUCUGUGGAUGGUCCAGGCUAACCGAGCCCGUUUGUGUGAACCGGUGGGCACUGCACAGGGAUGGCCUGCUGUGAGCCCUCAGUGAACAGUGACCAGCAGGACUGGGGCUGGAGCCAGGAGCGUGGGGAGCGCACUCUCCUCCUGCCCAGCCCGUCCACCCAGCAGCCAAGGGGCGCAGGGAAGCAGGGAAGGACACCAGCCUAUGCGGCUGUCUUCAUUGUAGUCAAUGCCGCACUGGGCGCAGGCCUGCUCAACUUCCCCUAUGCCUUCUACGUGGCCGGAGGAGUGGUGGCUGGCAUCGUCCUGCAGAUGUGUUUGCUGCUGUUUAUAAUUGCUGGAUUGGUGAUCCUGGCUUACUGUUCACAAGUGAGUGGCAAAGCCACGUACCAGGAGGUGGUGCGGGCGGUCUGUGGACAGAUGGUGGGCACAAUCUGUGACAUCCUGAUCGCUGUCUACACCUUUGGCACCUGCAUUGCAUUCCUCAUCAUCAUCGGCGACCAGCUGGACAAGAUACUUGGGGCAGUGUUGCACACACAUGAAGGGGAUGCUGCUGUCUAUGGCCACUGGUAUAGUAACCGCAAAUUCACCAUCUCGGUCAUCUCCAUUCUCGUCAUCCUACCUCUCUCCAUUCCCAAAGAGAUUGGGUUCCAGAAGUACGCCAGCACCCUAAGUGUGUUGGGGACUUGGUAUGUGACUGUUAUAGUCAUCGUCAAGUACGUGUGGCCAGACCAAGGCGUCGAUACUGGGCACAUUCCCACCCGUCCCUCCUCCUGGAUGAUGGUGCUCAAUGCUGUUCCUACUAUCUGCUUCGGCUUCCAGUGCCACGUGAGCAGUAUCCCAGUGUUCCACAGCAUGGAGAGAUCGUCGAUGCAGCGUUGGAGCAGGGUGGUGACUGCUGCUGUGCUGGUCUGCCUGUUUGUGUACACAGGCACAGGAGUGUGUGGUUUGCUGACCUUUGGCUCCAGGGUGAAUGUCGAUAUCUUGCUGUCGUAUCCGUCGACCGACAUCCCUGUGGCUGUGGCUCGAGCCUCCAUCAUCCUCUGCGUGCUCACUUCCUACCCCAUCCUUCACUUCUGUGGCAGGGCUGUGAUUGAAGGCCUAUGGCUCCGUUACAAGGGAGGGGGCCUGGAGGUGGACAGGUAUCGAGAGAGACGGCGACGUAUACUCCAGACAGUGACCUGGUUUGUGCUGACCCUGAUUCUGGGCCUCUUCAUUCCAGACAUCGGGAAAGUGAUCUCUGUUAUCGGGGGAUUGGCUGCCUGCUUCAUCUUGGUGUUUCCAGGCCUCUGUCUGAUCAAAGUGAAGCUCUGUGAGAUCCAGCAGUUCCACUCUGCCAGCUGGUGGCUUCUGGUGUUGUUUGGGAUCUUCAUGGUGUGCCUGGGAGCUUUCAUCUUUGGACACAGCACCAUGAGCUCCAUCUACCAGAUUCAACACAAGUGACUGCUCUUUCCACCUCCACCUUGUCCCCCCCAUGAAAUCCAGCUGCCACAUCAGUCCAGUCCAACAGGAGCUGGACAUGUCUAAUGUUUCCAGGCGUUCUUGGAGCUGUGGAGCGACUGGAUUUGCCUUCGCUGUGGAUUCUGCAGUAACUGGUCUUCAAAGUGAGAGUUCCCUUUGGUUCGACACAGUUUUUCUUCCUCAUUUGGCAUCUGCGAGCCUCCUCGCUGUAUGGAUUACACCACUGUGGCUUCGUCUGCACUCAGGUUUCUGCCAGAGGGGGCCACCAUUUCCAGGGGUGGAACGCAAAUCCAGCCGGGUGUGUCGGAGACUUUAGGAUAAAGCCAGAAUGAUGAGGGAGGGUUUGUUCAUUCAAUCACUGGCACCUUGAAACUCACCUCGGUGCUUUUCAGUAGAGGGGAUUCUGUUAGAACUGCCCUGACCACUAAAACUAUGCACGAGUGUAUGAGUCAAUUGUCAUUAAUACACUAAUUAGAUGAUCACCUUCCCUGGAGCCCACUACCAAUGUCUCACUAGUCCACGUGCACAGAGUCCCACCCCUAGCCAACCCAUUUACCUGUGCUGCCAUGGCAACGUACACCGACCCACCUCCAGCCAUCCCAUUUCCCUGUGCUGCUAUGGCAACGUACACCAACCCACCUCCAGCCAACCCAUUUACCUGUGCUGCUAUGGCAUCGUACACCGACCCACCUCCAGCCAUCCCAUUUACCUGUGCUGCUAUGGCAACGUACACCGACCCACCAUCAGCCAACCCAUUUACCUGUGCUGCUAUGGCAAUGUACACCGACCCAUCUCCAGCCAACC